UGUUCGAGGGUUCUAGAAAAGGAGUCGAGUCUCGAUUAAGGGGAGGCUGUUCGAGGGCUCCAUAGACUUCAGGGGAUGAAGUUCCACAUUAACUAGGAGUCGAGUCUCGAUUAAGGGGAGGCUGUUCGAGGGCUUCAUAGACUUCAGGGGAUGAAGUUCCACAUUAACUAAUUUAGGGAAUGAUGGUAGAUUUACAAGUAAGGAAUACAUCUACAUUUUGGUACGAGGUCUUUGGGAGAAGACCAUAAGGUUAAACUUGUAAUUUAAUCCGCCACCACGUCCUCAAAAGCUUAUUAUUUUUGGAGCUGUCAUGUUCUGUGGUUGGUUUAACAAGAAAAUGGUGUCAAAAAUAGUUGGGAAAUAAAAGGGAUGGCGUUUGAAACAAUCAAAUAAACGAAAAUAACCGUAAAUAAGAACCAGAGAAAAAUGGAUGGGAGAGAAAGUGAUUAGGUGAUUGAAUUCAACGAUGGUUUUGAAAAAAAUGGAAAUAAAAAACCAUAUCUUUGUUGGGUCUGUUUGGAGGUUUAGAACCUGAAAAACAGAACAAAAGCAAAAGCGACCAAAACAAAAACAAAAACAAAAACAUCGGAGAACUCGAAAUUGUUUUGGGUUCUCCGGGUUCGGUUUUUGUUUUUGGUUUGGUUUGGUUUGGUUUGGUUUGGUUUUUUUGUUGUUGUGGGGGAAGAAAUAAAGGAUGUGGUUACCAAGAUACGGGCUUGAGAGGAAAGAGAAACUGGAUGUGAAGGGAAUUGUGGCUGUGGCAAUUGACAGAGACAAGGGAAGCCAAGGGGCUCUCAAAUGGGCCGUUGAUUAUUUGCUUCAAAGGGGUCAAUCAGUUUUCCUCAUUCAUGUCAAACUCAGAUCCCCUUCUAAUUCUUCCCAAAAGAUGAGCUCUAAAUCUGACUCUGAAGCCAGCAUCAAAGAAUUAUUCCUUCCUUUUCGUUGCUUUUGUACUCGGAAGGAUAUACAAUGCAUGGAUGUUGUGUUGGAAGAUACAGAUGCAGCAAAGGCCAUAAUUGAGUAUGCAGCAAAUAAGGCCAUAGAGAACAUUGUUAUGGGAGCUUCAGCAAAAUCUGGCUUCUUAAGAUUCAAGACAAACGAUGUUCCUGGCAGUGUAGUAAAAGGAGCACCAGAUUUUUGUAAUGUGUUUGUGAUUUCUAAAGGGAAAGUUCAAUCGAUGCGUUCGGCAUCUCGUCCCGCUCCAGUGAUUAGUCCUCUACGAAGUCAAUUAGCUCAACAAAGCAGCACGAAAUCCGAUACGCCCGAGAUCCAGAUGACUCACUCUGCCAGUGCAAGAGCGUCUGCGGAUAGGCCACCCCUUGAUCUGCCAUGUAAUCUGCCAUGUAAUCUGCCAUGUAAUCUGCCAUGUAAUCUGCCAUGUAAUCUGCCAAGUAAAGUGCAGGAUGACACCGAUUUCAUGAGGUCACCAUUCACAAGGAAAGGAUAUAAUUACAAACCAUCAUCAUAUGGAGAUUUACCGACGCAAGAAUCGGAUAUAUCUUUCGUUAGCUCCGGAAGACCGAGCAUCGAUCGUAUAUUUCCUUCACUUUAUGAUAGUCAAGAUACAGGAGGAAGAUCCACACCACCACAGGUUUCAAGCAGUACAGAUUUUGACUUACCUCAUAGCUUUGAGUCUCUACAGAUGGGACGGAUGUCAGCGGAUAUGAACUUUUCGUCCGAGUUCUCUUCGAUCUCGCAAGACAGUGACAGACUUUCGAUCUCGUCACAGUCUAUGGAAGACGUCGAGGCCGAGAUGCGGAGGCUCAGGCUAGAACUCAAGCAAACUAUGGAAAUGUACAGCACAGCCUGCAAGGAAGCUCUUACAGCCAAACAAAAGGCGGUCGAGCUACAACGAUGGAAAUUAGAAGAAGAACAGAGAUUAGAGGAGGCGAGAUUGGCCGGGGAAGCUGCAUUAGCGCUAGCGGAACAGGAGAAGUUGAAGUCGAAAGCAGCCAUCGAGGCAGCUGAAGCGGCUCGGAGAAUUGCAGAAUUGGAAGGACAGAAAAGAAUGAAGGCUGAAAUGAAAGCACUCAAAGAAGCUGAGGAGAAGAAAAAGGCAGUUGAUGCAUUGGCAAACAAUGAUAUCAGGUAUAGGAAGUAUACAAUCGACGAGAUCGAAGUGGCAACGGAAUUCUUUGCUGAAUCUCGUAAGAUCGGAGAAGGAGGCUAUGGUCCUGUUUACAGGUGUGAUCUUGAUCAUACUCCCGUUGCCAUUAAGGUUCUACGUCCCGAUGCGACUCAAGGACGAUCGCAGUUUAAACAAGAGGUAGAAGUACUCAGCUGUAUACGUCAUCCGAACAUGGUUCUCCUCCUCGGAGCUUGCCCCGAGUAUGGCUGCUUGGUCUAUGAGUACAUGGCUAAUGGGAGCUUAGAAGACCGACUUCUUCGACGAGGAAACACGCCACCACUUUCUUGGCAGCUCAGAUUCAAAAUUGCAGCUGAAAUUGGGACAGCAUUGCUGUUCUUGCACCAAACAAAGCCAGAGCCUCUUGUGCACCGUGAUCUCAAACCGGCUAACAUUCUGCUCGAUCGUAACUUUGUCAGUAAGAUCAGUGAUGUUGGCUUGGCUAGGCUCGUACCGCCAUCGAUUGCUAAUAGUGUAACACAAUAUCGAAUGACAUCGACCGCUGGAACAUUUUGCUACAUUGAUCCCGAGUAUCAGCAGACAGGUAUGCUUGGUGUGAAAUCCGACAUAUACUCGCUAGGCAUCAUGUUUCUCCAACUGAUCACUUCUAGGCCACCAAUGGGAUUGACUCACCAUGUCGAAAGAGCUAUCGAGAAUGGGACGUUUGAAACUAUCCUCGACCCAGCCGUCCUUGAUUGGCCUAUUCAAGAAGCUUUGUCUUUCGCCAAGAUGUCGCUCAAGUGUGCCGAGUUACGACGUAAAGAUAGGCCUGAUCUUGGUAAGGCCAUCCUUCCAGAGCUUAACAGGUUGAGAACUAUUGCAGAAGAUACAACGCACCCAACACUGAUGGGGGGAGACAUAAGCCCCUCUCGCAGCAACAGCCAAGUUUCUCUUCAAUUUGGAUCGUCACCGCAAUCAUACAAUAGCUCGAGAAACCCAUCGACGACAACUUUUUGAUGGGUGGAAAAGAUAAAUAAGGGACAAAAAGUAUUAUCAUUGAAAGCAUGUUUGAUUCAAGGAAGUAUUUGAUAGCCCAAGAAGAACUUAUUUGGAUCAAAUCUCUAUCAAGUGAUGCUUUGUUGGAAGUUGGUCUGAUGCGGAAGGGAAUGCAGUUUGUGAAUAUAAAUUUGGAUAUGUUUUUGGUU